CUCAAGACCAUAUUAUGUGCAUUCAGACUGAGAGGGAAGCACUCCUCCAAUUCAAGGCUGCCAUUGAGGAUCCCUAUGGCAUGCUCUCUUCUUGGACCACUUCUGAUUGCUGCCAAUGGCAAGGGAUUCGCUGCACCAACCUCACCGGCCAUGUCCUAGUGCUCGACCUUCACGGUCAGAUUAAAUUUUCAUAUGCCUUCAAUCGUUUCACUGGAAUUCUCUCGCAACGUUUCAUCGGAGGAGAGAUCCACAAAUCGUUGAUGGAGUUGCAACAAUUAAAGUAUUUAAACCUCAGUUGGAAUUCUUUUCAAGGCAGAGGAAUCCCAGAGUUUCUUGGUUCUCUCACCAACUUGAGAUACCUUGAUCUGUCAAAUUCUGAUUUUGGCGGAAAAAUUCCAACUCAGUUUGGCUCUCUUUCUCAUUUGAAAUACUUAAAUCUUGCUUGGAAUAAUUAUCUGGAGGGUUCAAUCUCACGUCAACUUGGAAAUCUCUCCCAGUUGCAGCAUCUUGAUCUCAGCUACAAUUCUUUUGAAGGAAAUAUACCCUCUCAAAUUGGAAAUCUCUCCCAGUUGCAGCAUCUUGAUCUCAGCUUCAAUCAAUUUGAAGGAAAUAUACCCUCUCAAAUUGGAAAUCUCUCCCAGUUGCAGCAUCUUGAUCUCAGUUGGAAUUCUUUUGAAGGAAAUAUACCCUCUCAAAUUGGAAAUCUCUCCCAGUUGCUGCAUCUUGAUCUCAGCUUCAAUCAAUUUGAAGGAAAUAUACCCUCUCAAAUUGGAAAUCUCUCCCAGUUGCAGCAUCUUGAUCUCAGGUUGAAUUCUUUAGAAGGAAGUAUACCCUCUCAAAUUGGAAAUCUCUCCCAGUUGCAGCAUCUUGAUCUCAGUUUGAAUUCUUUAGAAGGAAGUAUACCCUCUCAAAUUGGAAAUCUCUCCCAGUUGCAGCAUCUUGAUCUCAGUUGGAAUACUUUCGAAGAAAGUAUACCGUCCCAACUUGGGAACCUUUCAAAUUUGCAGAAGCUUUAUCUUGGAGAAUCAUAUGAUGGUGGUGCUCUCAAAAUUGACGAUGGAGAUCAUUGGCUGUCUAAUCUCAUUUCUUUAACCCAUCUUUCCUUCCACUCCAUAUCUAAUCUCAACACUUCUCAUAGCUUCCUCCAAAUGAUUGCCAAGCUACCAAAACUUAUAGAACUAAGAUUAUUUCAUUGUAGCCUUUCCGAUAAUUUUAUCCUUUCAUUAGGGCCCUCAAAAUUCAAUUUUUCAAGUUCCUUUUCAGUCCUUGAUCUUUCCUUCAACAGCUUCACGUCAUCAAUGAUACUCCAGUGGCUGUCUGGGUGUGCCAGAUUCUCGUUGCAAGAACUGAACUUAGAAGGAAAUCAAAUCAAUGGAAGGAUACCUACAUCCAUGGGAUCUCUUCUUCAUCUUCAAGCAUUGCUAUUGAGAAACAACAACUUAACAGAUGAGCUACCUUUCUCCUUAAGGAGUUGCACAAAUCUAGUAAUGCUAGAUAUUGCAGAAAACAGAUUAUCAGGGCUCAUCCCUGCUUGGAUUGGGAGCGAAUUACAAGAGUUGUAAUUUUUAAGUUUGGGAAGAAAUAAUUUCCAUGGAAGUUUACCAUUGAAAAUUUGCUACCUAAGUAACAUUCAACUCUUGGAUCUCUCACUAAACAGUAUGUCUGGGAAAAUUCCUAAAUGCAUAAAAAAUUUUACUUCAAUGACUCAAAAGAAAUCUUCAAGAGAUUAUCAAGUUCUUUCAUAUUAUAUCAAAACCAGUCGCUAUCCAAGUUAUCAAAAAUAUGAUUUGAAUGCAUUCUUGAUGUGGAAAGGUUCAGAACAAAUGUUCAAAAAUAAUGGGUUACUACUUCUAAAAAGCAUUGAUCUCUCAAGCAAUCACUUUUCUGGAGAAAUUCCACUGGAAAUAGAGAAUUUAUUUGGAUUGGUUUCAUUGAAUUUAUCAAGAAACCAUUUGACCAGAGCGAUUCCUUCAAAUAUUGGAAAGUUAACAUCACUUGACUUUCUUGAUUUGUCAAGAAACCAUCUAGUUGGUUCAAUUCCAUGGAGUCUUACUCGAAUUGAUCGACUCGGCGUGUUAGAUUUGUCACAUAACAAUCUAUCUGGAGAAAUUCCAACUGGUACACAAUUACAGGGUUUCAAUGCCUCAUGUUAUGAAGAUAAUCUUGAUCUUUGUGGACCGCCACUAGAGAAAUUGUGUAUUGAUUGGAAGCCUGCACAGGAACCAAUUGUUAAACUUCCUGAAGAUGAAAGAUUGCUCUUCACCCGUGAAUUUUACAUGAGCAUGGCAAUUGGAUUUGUUAUAAGCUUCUGGGGCGUCUUUGGCUCAAUCUUAAUAAAGCGUUCUUGGAGACAUGCUUAUUUCAAGUUCAUAAGCAAUUUAUCAGACGCUAUUUAUGUCAUG